CGAACGCUCAAUACUCUCCGGUAGCGAUUACGACAAGGACAAGCUACUGCUUUCAGCCCUUGUGACCGACGUCACGGAUGACCCAUCGGUAUUGCCAGAAUUGGCUAUGGGCCGAGCCUUUUUGUCCGUUUACCAGAAAGCCAAUCUCCUGUUCAAAACCUUGGCAAAUGAUGCUACCAAAGCUGCUUGGUGGUCGCAAGAAGAAAGACCGACGGCCGACGGACCUCAAGAUUCCUCUGCCACGGAUACAUGGUAUCCAUAAUGCUGAUCUAACCGAAUCGCAGAUCUCUGCUUUGCUUAGACAGCCACACCAGGCAGCACCGACUCAUUUCAACAAGGAGCACUUCGCACGUACAAAUAGCCACCGAAUAUUAUCGCAACCAGACUAUUUACGAGUGACGCGAGACGCCAAUGAACCCGUUGUAUAUGCACCAAAACCUGGUCACCCACUACCACCUGCUCGCAGGCUACUGCGAAGUGAAGAUCAUGACAAGACACAAAUAGAAAGCGAGCACGAAGCAGUUGAUGAUACUCAAUCCUGUGAAAGCAGUUACGACGAUGAAGAUGACGAUUUAUUGGUGGAGUCUUUGAAUGUGAAACCGGGUGUACCUGUGCGUCUCGAUAAUAAAAAGCCAAUGAGACAUCCAGACUCAGAAAAGGCAGUGGCGGGAAGUGCAGCUGCUACAACAAUGCUCUCGAAACCUUCUCCUGGAAGGAAUCUUACAACUUCUCCAGAUGAUUUAGAUUCCAUUGAUCUUAGUCCCACACCUAAUGUUCCAGGUCAUUAUCCAAAGUCAAUGAGUGUUGAAAAAUCGGCGCCACUAGAACGUGCCUCUUACAUGUCAGAAAUGAGCAGCAAUGAAUCUCAGCAAACAUUUGCUACCGCUCCACAAUCACCAUUCUCUCAUUUGAGUAGUGUCCGUUCCACACCUUCGAUGACUAUUCUCGCCAAUACGGAUUUACCAUCAUCCUUGGACCCUUCUGAUUUGUUACAUCACAUCUCACAGCAACGACAUAGUGCACCUGAAGCACGUCGUGCGGACCCAACUGUCAUUGAUCCGAAAACCGCCAAACCCGAAAUAGUACAGCCGGAGAUGGUUGAAAAUGAAGUUCACCCCCUUCGCCAUCAGAUCGAAUCUUUUCCUGCCCUCUUAUCUCCAGAACAACAACUGUCGCCAAACCCUAUCAGCCCAGAAAGCCCAAGGCGUCAAUCGACCGGCAUCGUAUCGUCUAGUGUGACCAGUCCAGCAUCUAGUGUCAACACAACCAAGGCUGUAGUAUCCAGUGCUGUCACAACACCUGCUCAAGCAUCUCUCAAAAGGAUAGCUUCCAUCAAUUCCCAACCAGCGGCCAACAUCCCGACCAUUGUUCACCCUGUUAAACCUCCAUCUCAGAAUUCUAAUAAGCACCUUGAGUCUUCCAAUGAAUCCAAUGCAACCGCUACCCCAGGCUCUCGGUUUGCUGAAACAACAGCUGAAAUAGAGGCUCUCAGAAAACAAAUGGUCGCUAUCCAGCAGGAGAGAGCAGAAUGGCACAAAAGAGAAAACGAACAUAGGGCUCGUGAACGACAGAUGUUGGCACAGAUUACCCGUACACAAGAACAACUGCAAUCAGCAUUGGCUCAAGCUGGAUUUUAUACUGGCCCCAGAACAAGCAAAAACCCAACCCCCAUCAGUCAGUCAAGUGGUGGGGCCAUUAAUACUGCAGAUUUGGACUCGACAAGCUCAGGCUCUUUGAGACUACCAAGAAAAAAAUCGGGAGGAUCUACAAGUCAUAGUAUCAGUCGCAGCCAUCAGGCACGUAGUCGCUCAAACUCUCGUGGUCGGUCUACCUCUCAUACAGACCGGUCGCAAUACGAACGAGAUAGACGGAAAGAUUAUCAUCGCCCGCUUGAACACAGCCGCAGCAGGUCAUACGACCGCGGUAGGUCGUACGAUCGCAGAGGGAAUCCUGUAUACGAACCUCGAAGGUAUAAACAAAGCUCCUCAAGUGAUGAUUCAGAGGACAAUUACCGGCACCACUCCAGGUCCCGAUCACGGCGGCGGCAAACAUCAAGGGAUUCUCACAACCGCAGAAGGUAUUAUCACGACGAUGACUACUCUGAUAGUGACUAUGAGGUGCGCGGUAGACGGCGACGGUAUGCAAGAAGUCUGGAUCCACCUAGUAGAGGUAUCAGCCGUAGUAGAUCAGGAAAUCUCGCAGCCGAUCAGCAGUACUCUUACCACUCUGCGGUUGAGGAUGAGGAGCAAGCGCGUAGCCGAUUUCCUACAAGCCAUCGAAGGGAAGUGCAUCGAAGUCGGUCUCGCGCUGAUGAACCUCGAAGUAAACCAGAUCUUCGAAGCCAUCCAUCAAAACAUCCUCAACAGCCCAAAGGUACGGAUCCCUCAGCACUAGCUUCACAAUCGACUGUCAAGCAGCCGACCACAACGAUGAGCAGGGCUGACCCUAGCCCUGUUGUGACGCCUAAGAGCAUUUUACGAAACGCCAGUAAUGGUAUUUUGAGCAGGCAGAGCAGCGCAGGCAGCACAGUCCGGAAAAUGAAUAACGGUCGAAUCAUGAAAGAGAAUGUCCUGGCAAAUUGAUGGAGUUUCACCGUUUCGUUUUUUGAGGAUGUUCUUGUAAAAUUUGAACCAUUACCUUUUUAACAUUUUUGACAAAAUUGUUAUUCCCCACCUUUUCUCUAAAGUAAUUCUCACUUUUGCUAUGGAGAAGAAAUAUAUAUAACUUCACCUACGGUACAUAAAUUAUUGGAUGUGUUGCUGCGGCCAGUUCCUCA